GCUACAGCACGCGGCUCCUCUCUCUCUCUCUCCUCCCCUCCAAUUCCGUUAGGGUUAGGGUCCCUUUCAGUGCCAUUCGAGUCCCUUCACCCUCUUCCUGAUCGCCUUUCUUCACUUCUCUUCGUGCCGGUGGAAGUUAGGGUUAGGGUCGUUCUAAGAAAUGGAGAAGGAGAGCUCCCGCCGACCAAGCAUCAGAGAGCCCGCGACCAAGAGGCCACGGGUUCCCCAAGGCGGGGAUCGGAAUGGUGGCUCCAAUGGAGCCACGGCCAAUCGAGACCGCUCCGUCCCCCCGUUCAGAGCUCCCAGGGGCAGCGGCAAGGCACCGGUGCCGAAGCCCGGGGCGGGCACGAGGGAGGCAUCCAAGAAGCAAGAAUCCAAUCAGCAGGAGGAGGAGGCGGAGGGGGUUGAAGAGCUCGUGACGCAGUACCGGUCGGCGCUCGCGGAUUUAACCUCCAACUCCAGGCCCAUCAUCACGAACCUGUCUAUAAUUGCUGGCGAGAAUCUGCACGCGGCGAAGGAGAUAGCGGACAUUAUCUGCGAUAACAUUCUCGCGGUAUGCAGUGAGCAUAAGUUGCUGUCACUUUAUCUGCUUGAUAGUAUCACCAAAAACGUUGGUGGUGAUUAUGUUGAUUAUUUUGCCGCCAAAUUACCUGAGGUAUUCUGCAAGGCCUAUAAACAGGUAGAUUCUUCUAUACUUCCUAGUAUGAGGCAUCUUUUUCAGACAUGGGAAAAACAUUUCCCCCCUGCUCCACUUCAGAAAAUUGAGAAAGAACUUGGCUUCCCACCCACAGCUAAAGGUCCAAGUGGAUCUACAACAGUGGAGCCUGAUUCUCAAAGACGAGCUCCCCAACAAGGCACUUAUAUAAAUCCAAAAUAUUUAGAGGGAAGACAGCAUAUUCAGCAGUCAACCAGGGAGUUUGACCAACACUUUGUCCAACGAUGUAAUCAACCGGAUACUGCUUCAAGGCUUAAUAUUGAGAUUUUAGAUUCAAAGUCCACUGAACAAACUGCAUUGGUGCAACAUGCACUGAUGGCAUGGCCCUCAUGCAAGUCAUCACCUUCCAUGGUUAGUUUGGACCAUAUGAACUCAAGAUAUUCAGGUCUGUUAGAGGGGCAGCCAACCUCUUUAAGUGGCAGUCCAUCAACAGGUAUGAGUUCAUCUUUAUCAAGGCCUGGGCUUCUGCCUCAUGUGGGCCUGCCUGGCACAGCUGUUCCCACAAGCUUAGGUCCUUUAACAAACAUACAUACAGGAUUUAGGCAGUUGAGGCAGCAAUCUGUCCAACCUCCAUCACCAUCUGCCCACCUAGUUCCUUCUGCACCCCUUCAACAUCAGAAAUUGUAUAUUCCAACUGACCAUGGUCAGAUGCAACCUCUCUCCUUCCCUCAAACUGGUCAAAAGCCUAUGCACCUUCCAGGGCAGUUGAAUCAAUCACAUGGACCACUCACCCCGAAUUAUUCUGUUUUACCUCAGAACAAUGCUCAGCAGGCCAUCACCUUGCAGAAUUUAUCCCUGUACUCAUCACAGCCACCUCAACAGAUGCAAAACUCAUCAGCCUCUUCACCUUUUACCCAGCUGAUGCAUUGUUAUCUCUCACUGCAGCAGUCACAUCCUGAUCCUUCACUACAGCAGCCACUUCCACAACCUCAAUUCACCAUUCAGACCCAGAAGCAACCACCUUCCACCCUGAGAUUUGGAAUAAAUCAGGUGGGAUUUUCCGGAACUAGCCACCUGAAUUCUGCCAUUAACUUGUCUGGGCAGUCUGGCAUUGGUAAUUUACUAGAUGGUAUUAUGAAGAGUGGAGUCCCCUCUAACAAUUCAACUAGCAUCAAGAACUGCAGUAUGCCACCUCCCUUCCCCAGUGGACCUCUGCCUAUCCAAAUGCUGACAUCAUCCACGGUCAUGUCCUCCUUAACAGUCCCAAAUUCAUGUAGCAAAACACCUGCCCUGAAGACAACUCCGCCAAGUGCUCUGCUCCCUCCUCUGCCACCUGGUCCUCCUUUCUCAUCUCUAGGAGGUACCUCGUCACAGAUCUCCAGCAUGCCUGGUGCCAUGCCAAGUGUAUUGAGUCUUUUGAGCUCAUUGGUUGCUAAUGGUUUGGUAUCAUCACCAGUAACUGAAAGUUUAACCCCAGAUGAGAGGUCACAUCAACUUCCAUGUCAAAGCAGUGGUUUUUCUAGCAGCUCGGCAAUGUUAGUUCCUUCAACGUCAGCUAAUAUGUCUGAUACAUCACUUUUGGUGAAGGAGCAUUUGGUCCUUGAAUCUUUGGCUCCAGUUAGUGCUGCCAUGAUACAGUCCACUACUACAAAAUUCAAGGACUUUAUUGGCAUUGAUUUUAAGCCAGAAAUCAUGUGUGAGCAUCAUUCUUUUGUGAUCAAUGGCCUUUUUGAUGAUCUAAAGCAUCAGUGCAGAAUAUGUGGACUAAGAUUCAAACUUCUAGAGAAGCUUAACUGUCAUUUAGUUUGGCAUGCCUCAAAAAGGUCGGAGCCAGUGAAUACUGUCAGAUGUUCUCGAAAAUGGUAUGCCAAAUUAAGCUGCUGGCUAGAUGGAAACGUGGGACCAUCAUAUGGGCCAGUGUUUGCCACUUCUGUGGAAGAUAUGGUUUCAGAUGGGGAAGCAUGUGAACCAAUGGUUCCUGCUGAUGAAAACCAGGUCAUAUGUGCUUCAUGUGGAGAACCAUUUGAAGAUUUUUACUCUUGUGAAGUGGGUGAGUGGAUGUACAAAGAUGCAGUGCUCUUGAACCUGCCAGAUAGAGAUGCUGAUGACAGAAGCAUGGACAGGAUCCUUGAACAGGCUGUCAUUGUGCAUGCCAAGUGUAAGUGAAGAAGUCCAACUGAGGGCAUAAGCAGUCCUGGGCAUCAGAAAGCAGUAUGCCUCUAAACUCUGUUACAUGAGCUGUUCAGUUGGUCUUGCUUAUAAGUAUCUGAAUGCCUAUAUGAAUGCUCAUUUAUUUGUUUCUCCAAUCUUUGCUCUGCCCGUAUGCACCUUUGUUAGGAAUCUAACCUUGUAAGUAACAAAGAACUGACUACUGUAACCAUUGGGAUAUGUUCCAGCUCUACUGGGUUGGCUUUGGAACCCCCUUCAUCAAUUAAGGACUGCCUCUGGUAUCAAACUGUAAGCUUUUGAAAUUUCUUCGUGCCGCAUGGGUACUCCUGCAAAGUGAAUCUUCAAGCUGAACCUGUGGGAAAAAUUCAAAUUCCACUCUUAAGAAAUUUGACUUUUAAUUUGUAAAUGUGAGUAGUGGAGAAUUCUGACAUUAGAAAGCUGGCUUGGAAGACGAAUCAAAUAUCAUUAUUAUCUGUUAGAUAGUAAGUUAGACUUGGCAGUUGGAAUUACAGGUCUAUGUUAUGGUUAUAAUAAGUCGAAAUUGGGACCUGACCAAUCAGUCAGCCUGUGAUUGAAUUGGAACUUGACCUUUAGAAUUGAUUUUGAGUCUACAAUUACCAUUAAUGCCUGUACAUAGAAAAAUUCUCUAGUUAUAUGUCUACCAUGCAUCAUUUAUUGGAUACUUGAUUAACUAAAAUGUGUGUUCGGAUUCUACCUAUGGUUUGUAGGACAGGAGUUGGUGGCACAAAAAAGUGAGAUUCUACUCUUUGUGCUGCGAGUCCAGACAAGGAAGCAGAUGUAUUGAGUCGAGGUUUGUUCUUUGCAUGUUACAUAUGCAUGCCAGUAGGGUAUCCAAUUUGCCCAGGAUUAACUCUUUCUUCAAUAUUUAAUAUCCAUGCCAUCAGGGGCAAUUCUUUGUGCACGUAAAGGAAUAAUACAUUUAAUUUCCUAAGCAUACAUACAAAAAGCAAUUGAUAAGCAAAUAAUUUGGCUGCUGUCCUCUUAUAUUUUUUGCAUGUAAUUUGCACAUAUCUAUUUUUUUAACUGCCUUGAUCAAGUGGGCUGUCCAUCCAGCAUCAGGUACGAAUAAUCCAUAAAAGAAGAAAGAAACUUUGUUGAAGGCAAAUUCUCUAUUAGCUUUGCUGCUAUGGUUGCAUGAUGAUGCAGUCAUGGAACCAUCUGGAGCUUACUGGACAACUGACCAAACAUCCGCUUUCAGAUCUUUGCAAGUUUUAGCAUGUAUGUUUAAGGGGCGCCCUUCCGUUUUUGGCAGGGGACCUCACUUGUUUGAUUUUUGUGAGUGCUGCAUCUUGUCACUGGUUUAUGUUGAACAAUUUGAGAUCCAGAAUCUUUCUUGAUUCUGGAUGUUUAAUUAUCAAAUGUUGAAUCCUUUUUCUUUUCCUUCUAUUUCCUGUGGGAAUGAUCUGGG